AUGCGGGCUGUCAUCGCCUUGGCCGCGGCGCUGGGUAGCCUGCUGCUCGGCGGCUGCCUCCUGCGCUUGGGCGGCCAGCAGCCCCUCCGCGCCAGGGGCUGGGAGGAGGACGCAGGAGUAGCUGCUGUCACGCCGAAAGUGGUGCGAGCCCUCAGGUCCCCCCUCACUUCCCCCCCUCAGACCGAGAACAGAACAACUGUUAAUAAAAAUGGAAUUUACCAGUUUGAACAGGCUUCAAAAUGUAAGGCAAUUCAGGACAACAUUUUGUCAUCAUCUCUCAAGAAGAAAAGAUACUCAGAAGAUUAUUAUCUUCACAUAGUGACAAAAGUGCAGAACUGCACCUGGAUAAGGAGACCAGAAGAAUCUACAAAAUUCAGGUCAGAAUUAGCUUCCUGCUGUGAUGCAGUUCACAAUUUUAUUGCUUCUCAAAACAACACCCCUCUUGGAAGUAACAUGAGUUACGAAGUGGACAGUAAGAAGACCAUCCUAAUUACAGAGGACAUUUUUAAGAUGCUGCCUGUGUCCUCUCCUCUUUCAGUCCAUCCCUUCAAGACCUGUGCUGUGGUUGGAAAUGGAGGCAUUCUGAAAAAUUCCAGCUGCGGAGCUGAAAUCGAUCGUUCUGACUUUGUGUUUAGGUGUAACCUCCCUCCAACCACAGGAAGCAUUAGCAAAGAUGUUGGCAAUAAAACAAACCUUGUGACUGUUAAUCCGAGUAUCAUAGCACAGAAAUACAACAAACUAAAUGAAAAAAAGACAGAAUUUCUGGAGAACAUUGCAGUCUAUGGAGAUGCUUUCCUUUUAUUGCCAGCAUUUUCCUUCAGAAGCAACACAGCCACUUCUUUCAAAGUCUAUCACACUCUGCAAGAGUUCAAAGCAACCCAGAGGGCAAUAUUUUUUCACCCCACUUAUCUGAAAAGUCUUGCCCAGUUCUGGAGAACUAAGGGUGUGAAAGCCUACCGGUUGUCAUCUGGUUUUAUGAUCACUAGUGCUGCUCUGGAGCUGUGUGAGGAAGUGAAGCUCUAUGGCUUCUGGCCUUUCUCAAAAUCUACAGAGAAGAUGCCAAUCAGCCAUCACUAUUACGACAACCAGUUGCCCAAACCAGGUUUCCAUGCAAUGCCCAAAGAAUACAACCAGAUCCUUCAGCUUCAUGGCAAAGGCAUUUUAAAGUUGCAGUUUGGUAAAUGUGAAUCUAACUAAAAAGGUUCAGAAACUCCCCAGCUCACAAUACUAUCACAAUACAGAUCUGCCUUUCAGAGAAUUCUGUUUUGACCAGGGGUUCAGUUCAAGUUAGUAUAACAGUAAGUGAAAUGUAGGGUAGAAUUGCUGUUGUGUACAGGAUGCUUUGAUUGGACUGAUGUAAUCUCAUAACUGUAUUACUCAACUUAAUAAAUUAAAAUAGUAUCAUCUUGUUCAAGCCAGAAAUUUUAAGUUCAGAAUCUCAAGGCUUUUCUUCUGGCUAAGUUCAGAAAUGUAUUUGAAAGUAUCCUUUGAUGGUAUUUAGAAAACAUGCUAUCAAAGAUAUGUUCUCACUUGGCUCAUUGUGAGAGACUGCUGUUUCAAACUUCCCGUUUGCUAGUACCAAGAAGACACUAUUUUGUUAAAUUUCAGUUUAUUUGAGGAAAUGGAAAAAUAAGCUUCUUUCAUAUAUUACUAGAAAAAGGUAAAACACGUGAGAAGGGACACAGAAGCCAGUUAGUGAAUCCAUUUUCCUAGUACAUAGCAGAUUACCAAGGAGGAGAUGUCUGUGUAUGCAAUUUCCUGUGGUAUGCUUUUUUUUUUUCUUUUAAAAAGAUGUAGCAUAUUGAACAGGUUAAGAAUUACACAAUGUAUUUUUCUUAGUGGCUAAGCUAUUUACACCCUGUGGUUUGCAUUGUAUUUAUUCUUCCUAUAAUAUAAAUUGCCGGCAACAUACCAUGUAAUUUUAAUUGUACCAACUACACCAGCUAAGAAAAUAAAAGACAACUCCUUAUGAAUAUUUAAUCUAGAGAGGUGCAGGUAGAAGCCAUAAAAAUGUUUAAGCAUCUGUAUGGGUUAAUUAAAUGCUGUCUGUGCUUGACAGACUGAAAAUCACUUAUGUGGCCAAAUUUGCAAAAUAAUCUGUAAAGAAAAAAACAGCCAGAAGUUGUGCUGCCCCGAGAUUUUUCUCCACUAUAUUUAGAGUAAUAAAAUUUAGCUUUUUAAAACCAAAGAAAAUUAAAUGCUUUGAGUAUGAGCUACUAGUUUGCCAGUAUUACAAACUAUUAGAGAUAAUUGAAAUUCUAUAAUAAGAGACUCAUAGAAUCAUUUGGGUGGAAAGGGAUCUUUAAAGGUCAACUAGUCCAGCCCCCCUGAAGUGAGCAGUGACAUCUUCAACCAGAUCAGGUUGCUCAGAGCCCUGACCUUGAAUAUUUCCAGGGAUGGGGCACCUACGACCU